AUGUCCCUUCGAGUGUCCCACUGUGUGGCGUGGCGCGUCGGUUCCCCGGAAGGAAGCGACGUGGAGGAGAGACAGCGUGACGGUGACAGGGGGCUCGUGUGGAAGGCACGCCAUUGGCGGGCGCCGGUGUCCACCGAGGCGCUGAUUGGCGGCACGUGGCCCCGUGCCGGUCACGCAUUGGCUCCGGGUAUGCCUCCAAGGGACCCAGAGGCCGCCUGUCUGACACGAAUUGAACAUGUGCGUCCAAAUGUUGUCGCAUCGUCAGGAUGUUUGCACAAGGGAACGGAUGGCAGGCAGAGCCAACUCCGCAAAACGAACGACCGAAACAAUUGCAUAACUGAAGGAUGUGGAAGUGAAACCCCCGUGAACGAUUCUAGGUGCAUGAGAAAGUACGGUACCGACUCAUAUAUAAGCCGUACGUCGGAUUUCGGUCAGCACAGAGCCUUCCGUUCAUCAGCAAUCAUGAAGGCCUUGAUUGUCGUAAGUGCUGUUUGCUUGUGCGCGGCUCUAGCUGCUGAGCCAGAAAAGAAGGCUGCGACGCAGGAGAGCAAGAAACAAGAUAAACGCGGCAUCAUCGGCCUCGGUUCGCACGGAGGUGGCGACUUCGGCGGCGGCUACGGAGGCGGACACGACUUGGGUGGCGGAGACUUCGGCGGUCAUGAUUUCGGUGGCGGUGCCUCUUUGGGUGGACACGACUUCGGUGGCGGUGACAUCGGCGGCGGUGGCGGCCACGGACACGAACACGUCAAAACCGUCGUUGUUGAAAAGAAGGUGCCAGUACCAGUUACUGUGACCAAACACGUACCCUACACUGUCGAAAAGAAAGUACCUUAUGAAGUCAAAGUACCCGUACCACAACCCUAUGAAGUCAUCAAGAAGGUGCCAGUACCAGUAAAGGAAUACAUCAAAGUACCAUACAUUGUACCACAACCAUAUGAAGUGAUCAAGAAGAUCCCUUACGAAGUCAAAGUUCCAGUACCGAGACCGUACGAAGUUAAAGUACAUGUACCACAACCUUACACCGUAGAAAAGAAGGUCCCAGUACCAGUCAAAGUACCAGUACCACAACCCUACACCGUCAUCAAGAAGGUACCAUACCCAGUCAAGGUAGAAGUACCAGUACCACAACCCUACACCGUCGAAAAGAAGGUACCAUACGAAGUCAAAAUCCCAAUUGAGAGGCCAGUACAUGUCCCAAUUCCAAAACCAUACCAUGUAACCGUAGAGAAACACAUCCCAGUCGAAGUGCCAAAACCAGUACCUUAUGAAGUCAAAGUACCAGUCGACAGACCAUACCCCGUAGAAGUACCAAAGCCCGUACCAUACGAAGUCAAAGUGCCCGUACCACAGCCCUAUACCGUCGAAAAGAAGGUGCCAGUCGAGGUAGAGAAACCCGUUCCCUACCCAGUCAAAGUACCAGUCGACAAACCAUACCCUGUCGUAAAGGAAGUCCCAUACCCUGUUGAGAAGCACAUACCAUUCCCAGUCAAAAUCCCAGUACCUGUUCCAGUGAAGGUAUCUCACCAUGAUGGCGGAUACGGCGGUGGUGACGGCGGAUAUGGUGGCUCUGAAUAUGGAGGAUACCACCACUAGUUGUUGUUAGAUCUUUAUUAAUUGUUAUGUAAUUGCCCUAUUUUUUAUCUUCUGCUUGUUACACGCUAAGUCAUUUUCGAAAACUAAAAAAAAAACAUUUCGUUACAUUGCUCAAUUAAAAUUAUAACAAUUCAUUCAUUUCCUCAUCGAGCGUGCAGUAUUAUUACUUUAGAAACUGUGUUAAUUAAUGUAUUUAUCUAUUUUUUUAUUAAAUAAAUCAUUUCUAUGUAAA